GAUGAUAAUGAUAAGUUAAGUAAAAAGUUGUCAUGUUGUUGAUGUCGUCAAGCUUUGUAAAAUAUUUAUAGACUUAUAUUAGAAUAUUUUUGUGCUAGGAAUUUCUACUAAAAUCAAGGUGUUGAUUUAAUUUUUAAGAUGAGUGCUCCUCAAAAACCCUGGGAAAGUGGGCGAUGCAAAGCCCAUCGCAGCACAAAUCCAGGAGUAAUAUCAGGAAAAGGAAGGAAUGUGGCCUUUAGUCAUGCUCCCCACCCGUCAAGUCAGAUGCCUUCAAUGAACAAUCCGAUUGCCAAUUCACAAAGAGUGUCUGGACUUCCCCCUCUACCCCAGAGACCACCGCAGCUACACACACGUCCAGGGAUGAUGGGGGUACCACCUAGGUUUGCUAACUACGGUGGAUAUGGCAUGGGCAUGAGUCCAUAUGGCUCUAUGUCUGGUUAUGGAGGCUACGGUUAUGGGUCAUUUCCUAUGGGAGGAGGUUUUGAAAAUAGGUUUUUACAAGUGGCUGAAGAAGGCUCGCGGGAUGCUUUUCAGUCUAUAGAGUCAAUAGUUGGUGCCUUCACGUCCGUCAGUAUGAUGCUAGAGUCGACCUACUACGCGAUGCACUCGUCAUUCCACGCAGUGCUGGGAGUGGUUGACAACUUUUCUAGACUCAGGCAGAUGUUUGUUUCUAUGCUCUCAACAUUGACACUACUGAAAAUUAUAAGAAACUUUUACCGACGAUUGCUGUAUUGGCUCGGUGUACUAGACCAUAACCCUCAAGCAGAUCGUAUAUGGGACUCUGUACAUGAUUCUGCCGAGAGGGAAGGUGCGAUGCUUCCAGGGGCCAACACUUCCAAAUGGCCUCUGAUCACCUUCCUUGGAUUACUGUUUGGUGGUCCGUACCUCAUCUCAAAAUUCGUGUCCAGUCAUUCCAGUGCGAGCCAGAGUCUGUGGGAUCCAUUGGAAGGAUUCAACGUGAGGACUGCGUACCCACACCAGGCUGGCACAGAGGCGGAGCUGAGUUUUCAAUCCAACGAGGUGUUGAACCUUGCCCCGAGGGAACAGCAACUCUACGAGAACAGCGGCUGGCUACUGGCCGUAAACCAGAACGGACAAGUUGGCUAUGUCCCCGUUACCAGGCUGGCUACUGCUAAAGCAGCCACGUCUAACGCCAACCCCGCUACGCCACCCAGUGAAAGCGUUGUCACCCACACUUCAGAAUCUCAUUAAAGACAGUGGUACAUGAAUGGUAUUGUCUUCCUCUUCUGGAGUUCAACCAACUACUCUAGUCUCUUCCAAUGUUACUUGUUAUUUCUCUGUUGUUAGUUUAUACAUGAAAUAUUCCUUUUUAUAUCAAAUGAAGAAUUUAAAUAUAAGUGUAGAAUAUGAGUGCUUUUAAGAAAUAUGUUGACAUUAACUGUUCAUGCUAUUCGAACAGUAGUUUUAGUCACAUGGGGCACGCAGGUUCAUGCCAUGAGUUUGUGUGGCGAGGAAAUUGGUUUAUUGAUAAAUGUUUUUGGAUUUGUUUUUAUUCAACAAGUACAAGAAUGUAAUCCAUACAUUCCAAUUCCGUACAACGGCCAUACGGUAACGGAUUUGGUUUUCCAAAAAAGCCAUCACGUACUUACUCGUUUACUGUAAUCUAUGUGUUAGUAACAUUACACAGACAAGUGACUGUAAAACUUAAGAUGGAUCACUUAAUCGUAGACUAGAAAACUAUUUUUAUUAUUUUAUUCUAAGGUGUUUAGUUGUAAUUGUGAUAGCCGGAUCUUGUAAUACCCAUAGAUAGUGAAUAUUUAGUAUUUUUCCAAGAAAUGUGGCUGGACUACUAAUGUUUGUAAAAAAACACGGGCUUAAUAGGAAAUGUGUACAAUCAGGUAUGCAAGUAAAUAUGAGUAGAAUGCAGCAAUGCUCAAUUAUUUUGUAUUUCUUUUGGUUUUUUGAACUUUUGUGUUGGACAAGUAUUGUAAAUUUUUUAAACUAUUUUUUAAUGUAAACUAGUAAGUGUUUUGCACCAUACAGCAUUCAUUUAGUAAUUUUUCACUUUUUAUAUUACAACUUUUUUAGACAUACAGGGUCUUUUGUUUUAGGGAUCCAAUCAAUUUUUGAAGCAUUGUUUUUGGGUCAGAAGCCAAUUGAAGCGUCAUUAUGAUAUUUUAUCAGACAGUCCUCAGUUACUUCCUGAGUCCUCAUUUAGUUAUGAAGCUUUAUCAAAAUAUUCAAUGAAUUCUAAUUUUUAAAUUCCAAAAUGUAGCCAUUUCAUUUUUUGCAUUUACAUUAUAUGCAACGGUUUUUAUCAAAACGUAUUAAAAUAACGUUACGGUAUGUAUUUAUGAAUAAUAUUUUACGUUAAAUUAAAAUUUAUCUAAUUUUACUAUAUAACAAAAUGAAUAAGUUAAGAAACAACUGAAUUUCAAUGAUUUUUAAAGGAACAUAAACAAGCCCCACAUGUACUUGGGAUCUUUACACGUAUUGUUUUUUUUUUUUUACUUUUUGUGUAGAUAAAAAAAAUUUCACUUACUCUUGCCGGUAUUUGAAAAGCUUAUAAUUAACUCAGAGGACUUAAAUCAACUUAAGUGUUACCAAAUAUAAAUAGAAUACUGCCAAAAAUAACUUAUGUGCAAGGUAGUUCGGAAAGCAUUGGUAUAAUGUAGGUUUUGUAUAAACAAUCUUAGAGAAGAUCGCAUGAAAAGUCAAAUGGGAAAUGCCACGUUUGGUAUGUUGAGUUAAAAUGGAGGUACUAAUUCCGUUCAUGUACAGCCUACUUUUAGUUAAGGCAAUAAAUGAAAAUGGUUUUAAGUCUGAACUAAAAUUUGUUUGUAAUGUUUCCCUUUGCUUGUAACCUCUUUUGUUAUUCACCAUGCUGAUGAGCUCCUAAAAUAUUCUUUAACAUCACCUGUAGGAAGAAAUCCCAUUGAUUUCUUUGAACUAUUCCUACCAUAUGCUGGGUUGUUUAUCUGUUAGUUAAGAAGAUGAUACGGUUACUGUAAAUCUCUUUUAAUAAAUGAUACAACAUUU